UCCUAGCCCAGGUGCCCCUCGCUGCCAUGAGGCCCUUCCUGGCGCUGUCGGUUCUGGUGGUGGUCCUGUCCGUGGUUCUGGAAGGCCCAGCCCCAGCCCAGGCCGCCCCAGACGUCUCCAGCACCUUUGAGCAAAUCCCGGGCAAGCUGAAGGAGUUUGGAAACACCCUGGAGGACAAGACCCGAGAAGCCAUCAACCACAUCAAAAACAGUGACUUUGCUACCAAGACGCGGACCUGGUUUUCUGAGACAUUCACCAAAGUGAAGGAGAAGCUCAAAGACACCUUCUCCUGAACUCCUCAGGAUGGAGCCUAGGCCAAG